AGGAGUAAUCGAUCGUGUUUGAGAGACUGAGAGAGCUUCAUCUGAUUUCUACCUUUUAAGACGCUCAAAGAAGCUUUAAGGUGAAGAACAUUUUAUGAAGAACCUUGUAUGUGCUGGGACAGUUUGGUAAUUUUCCUGCUCUGGUUUUGUGUCCAGCUUUUUCAUGCCCCAUGGAUCUUUGCCCCUGUUCGCAAUGUUCUAGCAAUCUGGCAUCAGCUGACUAAGUGUGAGAUUGAAGAGCUGGCCAAAGCAUCAGUCAGGAUGAGAGACAGAGGACGAGUGGAAGAAAUAAUUCAGAACAUGCAAACAGCAGGACCGAGUGAACUUCAGGUGAUCUCGGACUUCGACAUGACCCUCACCAGGUUCGCUCACAACGGGAAACGCUGCCCCACCACACACAAUAUUCUUCACAGCAGCUCACUGAUUAGUGAAGACUGUAAGGCCAAGAUGUCGGGGUUAGUAGCUCAUUAUUACCCCAUAGAGAUCGACGAGUCCAAAUCUGUGGAGGAGAAAGUUCCCGAAAUGGUGGAAUGGUGGACAAAAGCUCAUGAUUUUAUAGUGCAGGAGAAAAUCAGAAAAGAUCAGCUGGCUCAGGCUGUGAAGGACUCGGGGGCCAUGUUGAGGGAGGGCUGUAAGAGCUUCUUUGACAUGCUGAAUCAAACCUCAGUUCCUCUGCUGAUCUUCUCAGCUGGAGUCGGGGACAUUUUGGAGGAAGUGAUCCGGCAUCAUGAAGUCUUCCACCCAAACGUACGUGUCUUCUCCAACUACAUGGACUUUGACGAGAAUGGUGUUGUCCACGCCUUUAAGGGUGACAUGAUUCAUACCUUUAAUAAAAGAGAGGGGGCGCUGCUGAACCGAGACCAGUUCACCCAGCUCGCUCGCAGCAACAUCCUGCUGCUGGGAGAUUCACUGGGAGAUCUGAACAUGGCCGACGGAGUUCAGAACAUCCAGAACAUCCUGCGCAUCGGCUACCUCAACGACAAGGUGGAUGAAAGGAGGGAAUCGUACGUCCAGUCUUACGACAUUGUCCUGGAGAAAGACGAAACCCUGGACGUUCCAAACGCCAUCCUGAACUACAUCACCGCAGGACAAAAGGACCUCAGACUGACCUCGACCAAUGAAGAACUGGUAUUAAUGUGAAUGUUUUCCUACAGUUUGUAUGAAAACGAUGCAUUUCAGGCACAGAAUGGAUGACGGACAAAUUGACUGCAUCUGUUUUAACAUGAACGUUUAUACGAGCAACAUUUUACCCACAAAUAAUGUACGGUUUAGUCUUAUUUAGAGAUGCAUGAGUACCAAUACUAGUAUCGGGUAUUAGCCCAAUACCGCGCUCAUUAACUCGUACUCGUACUCGCAAACGAGGCUCCGAUACUAAACAUCUGAUACCUUGUACCUAGUGCACGUUGCUGUGUUAACGCAGGGAUUUUCAACCUGUGGGGCGGCAGUGCUUGUCUGGGGGGGCGCGAGUGCCUGACUAAAACUAAAGCAAUUCAUUUUUCACUCACGGGAGACAGAUUGAAUUAUUCUCACUGACCACGCUCACACGCACGUUUAAUGUUAUUUAGAUCCGUUUGAAAAAAAAACCCUUUAAAAUAGAGCUAACAGUGAAGACAACCGGUUACAAAAGCAGCGACCGCUGUUAUAGGACGUGUUUGUGUUCAAUACUCUGUUCACAGUGUCGAUACAAGUGAUUCAGGAGUCGACUCAUUUUAAGCUCAGCGUAAGUUUCUUUUCUCAGUCAUCUCUCCGUGUUUACUGUUAUAAUGAAUGAUGCGGUUGUAAAUAAACACCAAAUACUACAGAACAUUUUGUGUGACUCGCUUACCUUAUAAAGCUCAGGCUUAAUUAUACUGGUUAUUACCACAGAGCGGGAGCCGACUCAGAGUCGUUUACGAUUUACCGAGGUGAACCACGAAUGUACGUGCUGAUAGAAUCGGCUCAGAUGGGAUCGGACUGUAUUAUCUUUUUAAAGUAAAUAUUUCAAUCAGCAGAAUCGCAUCGCAUGUAUGAUGUGCACAACGUUAAUUACGUGCGUUUAUUAAUGAACGUUUACGUUAGCUUGUCAGAAGCUUUCUCAAUGAUGGCUGUUCCACUGCACUAUUUGACACUAAAAACUGCACUAUUCCAUAAUGCUCCAGAUUGCAUCGUUCUAAAUAGGUAUCGGUAUCGGCGAGUACAAAAAUACAUGUACUUGUACUCGGUUGGGAAAAAAUGGUAUCGAUGCAUCCCUAGUUUUAUUGUAAGAUUUGUAAAAAAAAAAAAAAAAAAAAAAAAAAAAAAGGUAAUUGCUCAGGUGAGCUCUUCUGGGACCAUUAUCGGCCAGUAGGGGAUGUUGGGAGAGGUGGUAAACCAGACCCAGUUGAUAAAAAUAAAAAGGUACAAUGUUCUACUGUAACAUAUAACAUUGUUUUUGCAGAGGCCUCAAAAUGUGCAGCUCGGUUCAUUGUGACCUGUACAGGGUCGAUUAUUUUCUCAUUGUUAUUUUUUCAUUAUUUACUUUGUUGUGUUAAUAAACAGGAGCAGAAAUAUUAAGUAAGAUCCUAAUUCACCUCAUUAGACUCGGUAGGACAUUUUACAUUUUAAAUUUUUCCUCCAGGUGCUCCGGUUUCCUCCCACAGUCCGAAGACGUGCAGUCUGGUUAAUUGGAGCUACCAGUGUGUGUGUGUGUGUGUGUGUGUGUGUGUGUGUGU